CAUAAAACCAGCCAUUAAACGUUAAAAAUGUUUAAACUCGAUUGACCGUAUUUUCGGUUAUUGACGUGGACGAAGUCAAUAACACCACGCAGGCCAAGGAUAUCCAACAUGCGAGGAACAUGUGGUGCCGAAUACAAACAGAACAAAAAUAGUAGAACCUUUUUAAUCUUAUUGUCGGUUAAAAGACAGAAGACUUUCUUAAAAUUUACGGAAAAGAUUUUCGACUUAAAAAAAUCUGAAUCUUUUACAAAAAUAAACAUUAUUUUUCACAAUGAAAUAUCUUCGUAUCUUUUGAGGAGGAAGACAAUGUGUUCUUUCUCUUGAAUUGAUCCAAAACAAUUGAUUAACAAUUGGUUGAAAAUAAUUGGAUGAACAAAGGAUAGAAUAAACAAUUGACUGAAUACUUGAUCAAAUUUUGAUGAGUUAAGUGAUAGAUUAGAUAAGGAUGGAUUAAUUACAGUACCUAACCUAACCAUUAAAAAGACCGUCUCUGGACAAUUGUUAACAAUUUCAACUUCUGUUUGCAACUGACUGAAUCUCGUAUUUCGAUCGAUUCAUUUUGAACUAACGCUUCUAGUUCUUCGAAAUGACGUACCCACGUGCUCAGUACGAAUUCGGAGUAACGACCAGGAAGAAAAAAACAAAAUCACAUACACGCUCGAAGCUAUAGCAGCGUUGAGACGUUGUCGGGUGAAGAAAUUAUCAGUCUUAUACAUAUUACCACCACAUCGAAGAUAUCACGAUAGGCUUAGCAGAGACGAUCAGUAGAGUGCAAACACUCGAAGUGACUGGAUCGGAUAAACGUGUUCUAGUCUGUGCGAACGUCAACUACAAACUGCAUUCUCUAAGUCAUUCAUUAUGAAGAAAUUCAUUUUCUUGUUGAUAGCGUCGCUCGUUUUAGCGACCACAAACUCGCUACCUUCAAGAAAUUACACGGCUCUUCGGCAGGAGCUGCUAGACUACGAACAACGGUUGAUGAUAGGGUCCCAUUUGAAAUUAAACGAUGUUGAAGAAGUGGCUAACAAGAUAAUAAUGAAAGCGAAGAGGCAGGAGUUGGAUGUUGACUUCAAAAAUCCGUAUCUUUACACCCCCGGACGAAACUUCCUCUUGGCGAAGAACGACAUCCAGCAAUCGAAGGUCUUCAAAUUGCUUCGAAUGUUGCCAAAAGGUGCGGCACUGCACGCUCACGACACAGCAAUCGGCAGCUUCGAUUAUCUUUAUCACAACAUCACUUUCCGUGACAAUCUGUACAUCUGUGGCAAUGGCACUCAAAUGCGAUUGCAAUUCUUCCGGAAACCGGACCAGACAUGUAACUGGGAACUUCUGAAGAAGGUGCGGGAGGAUCCGUCUCGCGAGGCGAUUAUCAACGAGUCGAUCAUGAGCAGACUGUGGAUGAGCUCCACCGAUCCUAUGAAGGACUACUCAGAUGUGAAUAAAGCUUGGAUCAAGUUUAUGGACAUUUUCCGAUUCAUUCACCCUGUAUUAACAUAUAGACCUGUCUUCGAAGAUUACUUCCUCGACGCUUUGAAACACUUGCAUAAAGACAAUGUAAUGUACCUGGAGUUGAGAUCUACUUUCCCAACACUCUACGAAUUAGACGGCAGAAAAUACAAACCUGAAGACUUAGCUGGUAUCUAUCGCAAUCUUACAGAAAGAAAUGAAGAGGUUUAUUCUGUGCUUAGAUUCAAGAAAGAACACCCAGACUUUUUCGGAGUGAAAGUGAUUUACGCUCCUAACCGAUCCGGCGAUCUAAAGACUGCGGAAGGGUAUAUCAAAAUCAUGAAACGGUUGCGAAAAUUAUAUCCCGAUUUCGUGAUUGGGUUUGAUCUAGUCGGCCAGGAAGAUAAAGGCCACACGCUUCAGUAUUUCGCAGAUGUGAUAAAGAGCACUGAUCCAGAUGUCAGGUUCUUCUUCCAUGCAGGAGAAACGAACUGGUUAGGUGCUUCGACUGAUGAGAAUCUUGUCGAUGCUAUUUUAUUAAACACUCAACGUAUCGGUCAUGGAUACGCGUUGGUCUCUCAUCCCUUCCUGUUGAAGAUGGUCAAGGAAUUGAACAUCGCCGUAGAAGUAAAUCCCAUUUCGAAUCAGAUUCUGAAAUUAGUAGACGACUUGAGAAACCACCCCGCUAAGAUUCUGUUUGCCGAAGGAUAUCCAGUAGUGAUUUCGAACGACGAUCCUGGCUUUUGGGGUGCGGAGGGACUCAGCCACGACUUCUAUGAAGCUUUCAUGGCACUCAUGUCCGCCCAUGCCGACCUCAGAGCUCUCAAACAAUUGGCUAUGAAUUCUAUCGACUACAGUAGCAUGAACGAAGACGAAAAGAAAAGGGCUUUCGCUAUGUGGCAGCAGAAAUGGGAUUCAUCUAUGGAAGCUGUCGCCAGUAACGAAAUCUAAGACCAUAAACGUUUACACUGAUCAAGAAUUUGAAUAUUGACUGCAGAAUGCUCAUGACUUUAUUGGUAUAAAGUUUUCCAUGAUACGCGAAUGUGCUAUAAUUAAAUCGUGAAUAUUUAUGCAUUUAUAAUGCGUAUGAAAGUAAAAAAAUCCUUCGACUAUGUAAAAAAUAUAACGCAUUCGCAAGAUGUGUAAAAUAAAAUAAGUUUUAAAAAUAUGCAUGUGACAUUUUGAAACUUACAAACAUCCAAAGAUACAACUGCGCGACGCAUCAAUG